UCCUAUCAGCUGACUAUUGUGACGGUACGAAGAGCGGUAAAAGGUAUAAGGUCCAUUGUAAAGAUAUAAGAAUUCUAACUCUCGGUUAAAAAUGUCUUCAAAUGAAACAGAGGAGUACAUCCAAAAUACCACAAAACUGUUCAAAGACCUUUGCAAUAUCCCUACAAUAAGCAAGGGCUGUUUGUACUUUACUGAGAAUCAGCAAGAUAAAGGAAAGAUUGAUGCAAGUGUCACAUCACAGUGGAGUCAAAGGGAUCUAGUCAGAUUAGAAAAUAGAGCAUUUCAAAGGAACCAUAUUGUGACAUGUGAUAGAGAUCCUAGAAAAUUAGGGCCUGUCCAGGAACCAUCAUUUCCUGUUGAGCUGCAACAUGUUCAACUUUCAAGUACAUCGCCGUCAGGAAAGUUUCAAGCUGUGGUAAAGAAAAUACCUGCUACAAAGAAAGAUGAGGAAAAGCAAUAUUUGGAGAUCUGGUCAUGCCAUAACAUGAUAAAAUGCUUUGAUAUCAAGGCUCUUGAUAAACAUGGAGACAUCUGUGAAGACUCCCAGUUCAGUAGCAUGCAGUGGUCUCCAUCUGAAGAACAACUUCUUUACGUAGCUGAAAAGAAGAAGGAGAAAAGUGCUUUGUACUUUGGAAAUACUGAAGAAGAUAAAGAAUCAUCAAAACCACCAGCCAAAAAGGGGGAUAAAUACGAGUAUGAAGAAAACUGGGGGGAACUUCUUGUCAAGCGGUGUCAUCCAGUGCUUGUAGUUCUCAACAUAUCAACAGAUAAUGUAACAGUUAUUGAUGGAAUUCCUGAGGAAUUGUCAGUUGGUCAGGCAGUGUGGGCUCCAGAGGAAAAGGGUGUAGUUUUCUGUGGAUGGUGGCAUGUUCCAUACAGGUUGGGCUUGGUAUACUGCACUAACAGGAGAAGUGGUAUUUUCUAUGUUUCCUUGGAUGGUAGUGACUUUGAACAACUAAGCAAAGAAGGAGAUGCAGUUUUUUCACCAAAUUUCAACCUGAGCAUGGACAAAUUGAUAUAUCUUGCUAGGAAUGAAAAAGGAGUACACAAGUCUUGCACUGAACUCAUAGAGAUUGACUGGAAAUCUAAGACAAGUUCUGUGGUCGUCGAUAUAGUGCAAACACCAGAGGAAACCCUGUUUACAGAUAAUGGUUUUCCUGGUAUCUUUACAAUGGGAUUUCCAACGAGAUGCUGGAGUACUGAUGGUACCAAGGUUGUUUUAAGUAGUUUCUGGAGAAGUAGUAUGAAAAUUUUAAUUGUUGAUUUACCGUCAAAAUCAGUCGCCCAUUGCACAAAAGAAAGUGGCUGCUGGAAUGUGCUAGAUGUUCACAAGGACUUUAUAUUGGCUUCUUUUAGUUCUCCAAGUCAACCUCAAAGACUGGUGAUGGCUCCAAUACCUAAACAUGGUGAAGCUGUUGAUUGGACAGUCAUAGCGGGACAAGAUGCAAUUGAUGUUAAAUGGGAAAUUAUAAAACUGACGUAUGACACUCAAGAAGACUCAGACAAGGAGUAUGAAGCAGUUYUAAUUCARCCUUCCAAUGGUAAAACCAAGCCAGAUAUCAUUCUACAUGCGCAUGGUGGACCACACUCAUGCUAUCCUUCAAAUUUUAUGAAUGAGUUUGCAGUGUUUUGUAGGCUUGGUUAUGCUGUAUUGUCAGUAAAUUACAGAGGGUCAUUAGGAUUUGGGCAGCAACCAUUAGAGUCUCUGAUUAGUAAUAUUGGAACACAAGAUGUGAACGAAGUCAAGUUCGCAGUUGAUACAAUUCUUAAAAGAGGAGAAUACAAUCGAGAGAAUGUGUUUGUAAUGGGUGGUUCUCAUGGCGGGUUUCUAGCUUGCCAUCUUGUAGGACAGUUUCCUGAUUUUUUUCGCGCUAUGGCCACACGAAAUCCCGUUGUCAACUUACUUUCUAUGUUAGGGACGUCUGACAUUCCAGACUGGAUAUUCGAGGAAUCUGGAUUAUAUUUUAACCCAGAACUUUUAACUGACGCCGAUACGUACUCCAAACUACUUGAAUGUAGCCCUAUAAGUCACGCGAAAAAGAUUAUCACUCCAACAUUGUUGAUGCUUGGUGCGGUUGAUUUGCGCGUCCCUCCCUCUCAAGGGAAAGAAUUGUACCGCACUUUGAAAGCGAGGGGAGUAGAAGUUAGGCUUCUAGUUUAUCCAGAGGAUAGCCAUCCGUUGAACAAAGUAGAAACUGAAAGUGACGCAUUUGUCAACAUCGCAAGAUGGUUUUAYGAGCACCGAAAAGUACAAUGAAUAAUGACAAUAAAUUAUUAUUAAAGUAAU